AUGUUUGGAAAGGAGUCUAAAAGUAAUACCGCCCAUCGCCAUGUUCCACUUCCACCAGUGAUUUUGGACGAGACGAUCAACCACAGCGACGUCCCAAGGACACCCGACCACAUCAUGCGACUGCCAACAACAGACAGUGUUCUUGAGGGUAGCCAGAUGUCCGCAGCCGCCAGUAUCACCCACGAACAGGCAUCUUUCAGGGACGAGUACGACAUGGACACGUCCGAUUUCGAUGUGACCCGGCCCGACCGUGAACUGCUGCAAGAAAAUCAUGAAACAUCACUGCAAGACGAGACGGUGGUUGACUUGCCAGAGGACGCGCCAAUCAUUUACGAGAUGGUCGAGGGCGGUUCAGUUCGUGGCGGUCAAAAGCUGGUGUCGUCGGACGGUUACGCCUACGUUAAGAAGAGGACCUUAGUGUUCCAGGCCAUCGUCCGUCUUCUGCCAUCAACCCAGGUCCAGACGUUUGUGACUGACUUUGAGGCCGGAAUCUGGCAGGGACUUAGAAGCGUGUUCAACGAUCCCGACAUUCGGGGAUGUGCCUUCCACUUCGGCCAGGCCCUAUGGAGAAAGGCCCAAGAGUGUGGACUGCAGACUGCCUACAGUACGAGGGACGCCGUGUAUCGGCUAAUGCGUAAGGUCUUCGCGCUGCCUCUACUUCCAGCGGGCGACAUCCCAGCAGCCUUCAGAAAGAUAGAGGAAAAGAUGGACGCCAACGACGAAAGAAUGGUCUCCUUUCUUCAGUAUGUCAGCAGCACGUGGAUACAGAAUGAGAUGUGGCCAGUCGCUUCGUGGUCCGUCUUCGGCCACUCUAUCCGUACCAACAACGAUGUCGAGGGUUGGCACGCGAGGCUCAAUCGACGGGCAAAAAAGGGAAACUUGCCUUUCUACCUGCUUGUUGAACUCCUGUACAAAGAGGCACAGGAAAUUCCAAUCAUGUGCAAGUUGGUGAAGGAAAGGAAACUGUGCCGCUACCAACGAAAGGCUACAACAUUGACACAAGGCCGACUCAUGAAGCUUUGGGCGGAAUAUUCUGCUAAUGAGUUGACAACAAGCAGUCUGCUAAAAGCAUGUGGUAGACUGUAUGGGCCUGUUUAA